UCGGAUAGAAAAUGAGAGGCGGGCCAGAAAGUGCACCUUGCACUCAAAUCCAUCCUGCUGACUUCUCAGCUCGGUCACCUCCGUUCCAUGGUGUACCAUGCUGAUGGUGGCCGCCGCCGCUGCAGCAGCGCCAGACCAGCCCUUCUUCUCCCAGCCCCGCCGCCCCCCACAGCCCGCUAGCCUCUUCUCCCUAAGGAAACCCGGCGGCUCGGCCCUCCCGCCUCACUCCUCGCGCUGUCGCUGCCACUGCCCCUCCUGGAGCAACAGCGCGCACGCGCGCCGGAGCAGCCAUUGCCGUGCCGGUGCGACGCCGGACCACCCGGGCGAGCCGCCGCCGCCGUCGGGCAGGGGCGGCCGUUACCAUCCCUGGGAGGAUAUCGCCGAGACGCUUCAGCUCGACGACGGCGAGCCCGCGCGCCUCACCGACGCCGAAUCCGCCCGGACAAUCGUGGAGGUCAACAACAAUGCAACGGUGAUGAUCUCCACGCUCAUCGAUGACGGCGUGCACGAGAGGAUCAUCCUGCCCGAGUUCCCCUACUUGACCGACGAGAAUGGAGAUAUUUACUUCGAGGUCGACAACGACGACGCGGUCAUGGAAAACAUUAUGGGAGACGACAAGAUUGCGCAUGUUAUCAUUGGACUCGAUAACACAGAUGUCUUUGCUGACUUGGAUCUAGCGGCAGCGUCAUCAACUUCAUUUGCACAAGAAGAAGAAGAAGAAGAAGAAGAGGAGGAAGAAGACGAUGAUUCUGGCGAUUCUGAUGAUGAAUAUGAGGAGGAGGGCAUAUAUGCUGUUGAUGAAGAAGAUGGGGAUGAUGAUGAUGAAGAUGAUGAUGCACCUAACUGGUCCAACCUUGAAACUGUAAAUUCUUGUCAUCCACUAUACUUUGCGAGGAUGAUUGUGGAGAAUGCGAGCAAAUCAAGUAUAGAUUGGUUGGACCGACCACCUGCAAGCCUUGUUGUUGAGGGUCAGCUGAGACCUGCGUUUGCUGAAGAGAGCACCAUGGUUUCCAGGCAUUUAUUAAAUGGUUGUUGCAACGAACCUGUAAAUGAACCUUCCAUUCAUCACAUAUUUGCUUUCCUGAAACAUAGGACUAAUCUUACAGCUCCCGGAAUUUCGGCAGGUGAUGAACCACUGAAAGACGACAAAAAGGGAAGUGGGGCUACAUUUUUCAAGGUUGAAGUUCUCAGCAUUGAGCUGAUCACUGCAUAUGGUACAGAGCCCAAGGUAAAGAUAGAAGAAUACCGGAAAUCUAGACCGGACAUCAUCGCGCACUCUGCACCGAACAUAAUAUCGCGCUUGAGAGCCGGUGGAGACAAGAUAACACAAGCUCUGAAAUCACUCUGUUGGAGGUGCAAGGCCAUCCAAGUAGAGGAAGCAGCAAUUAUCGGCGUGGACUGCCUUGGGUUCGACUUGAGAUUGUGCUCAGGAACACAAGUGCAGACACUGAGAUUUGCUUUCCCUACAAAGGCUAGUUCGGAGUUCAGCGCAGAGAAGCAGAUACACGAGCUUCUGUUUCCUAGGAGGAUACAUCAAGAAGGGGAGUCACCACAGGCUCAACCCAAAGAGUACUGAUGUAAACAGAGAUGCGAUAUUUUCUUCUUUUUGUAGGAAAUUUAAUCCAGCAACACAAAUAGCAGUAGCCAUCUUAAUCAAGUUUUUUCGAAUUCACAUUGUGAUUCUGAUCUUUGAGCGUGUGCAUAAACAAAAUAAACCAGAGCACUCUGACCAA